AUGAGCGCUAUCCCACUGACAGAGCCGUGCUAUACAUGCCGCCGGCGGCAUAUCCAAUGCGACCGCACCCAAUCCCCCUGCCUGAAAUGCCAGAAGGCGGGCCUGCAAUGCCUCGACAAGAGGCCCGUUCGAUGGGUGCAGGGCGUUGCCAUACGUGGAACCAUGAGAGGCCGAUCGUAUGAGAAUAAUGCAGCUGUUUCAUCAUCGCCUGUUGGUGAGAUUGAGACGCGUCUUUCGGCCGCUGGUCUGCCACAAGAUCCAAAUGGACAGAGCCUAGUUCCCACAUCGCCUAGAUCAUCGUUACCCCCCCCGAUACUUUCUGGAGUAGAUGCUACAUCUCGGUAUUAUUUGGACUACUAUAAUGACCGCAUAUGUCGGCUUUUCAUCGUCUACGACAGCGGGAAUAACCCGUUUCGGAGUCUGAUACCUCUGGCCUUGAAUGACUCGGUUCUUCUUGAUGCCGUUCUUGCGCUGGCCGCUCGCCACCGGGCGAACUUCGAGCAGCCCUUUUCCACCGAUGGUUCUCGUAGCGCGUCCACCCCGGUGGAUGUGGAUCGCGAGGCCCUUCGUUUCAAAUUCCGUGCCAUUCAAGGGCUGGCGCGGUCAGUGAAUGCUGGGACUCCCAAUCGGGAUGCUACAGUCGCUAGUGUUUUCCUACUGGUGUUCCUUGACUUACUUGAGUCCGGUUGUGAUCGGUGGAAUUACCACCUUGAAGGUGCCAAAACCUUGAUGGCGCUGACACCGGCUCAUGAUUCUGGCCGAACUGUGGAGAAGAUCCGGAAAUUCAUAAUCAAGCAAAUCCAUCUGAUCGAAUCGCUUGGAGCAACGUUUGUGCGACCGGCUCUUCUCUCUGGGUCUACUUCGAUCGAUGAGUCCGCCAGCCUGCUGCAGGAUUCUGUGGAGGAGUCAUUUCUCGGAUGUCCGGAGUACAUUCUAACGGCUGUUCAAUUCUUCUCCCUGCAGCGAGACAUUUUCUCAAGCGACAAUAAGUCGGACCAGGCUGGACUGGACGAGAUCGCCUCGGUCCUCGACGCAGUCAUAGGAUUCGACUGCUACCUGUGGGCCUCGGCGUUGCCACUGCCAGUGGAAUCUGCAACGCGGGACAUGGACGAUUUGUGCAAACUGGCGCAGGCCUACAAACUCGGCGCGAUGGUCUAUGGACGACGUGUUCUCGACGCACUGCAGGCGGUGCAGACAAACCAAGAAGGCAUCGCGUCGGAGCUGCUUGAGGUCAUCGACUCGCUGCAGCAGGGGUCCAGCCUGCUCAAGUGCGCGCUAUGGCCAAUUAUCAUAGCCGGCCUGGAGUGCCGAGCGCCAGCACAGCGAGAGAUCCUGACUCAGGCGCUGGAAAAGUUCUGGCAAGACACCAAAUGCUUGAAUGUCACCAACGCCGCCAAGAUAUUGCAAGACUAUUGGCGGAGCACGGACCAGAAAAUCGGAGCAGCAACCAAUCACUGGAUCUUUGACAUGGGGCGCCUCAGCCACGAUUGGCUGCUCAUAUAG